AACCAUGUUUUACAGCUACGAUCUCCUCAAUCCUCGUGAUGGAGCCUUAUCCUUGAUCUGGCAACUGGGGAAUCUCGAAGAUGCCUCCAAAUGGCGGGAUGUAGCCAAGAAAUCUGAUGUGUGGAACGCCAGAAUCGUGGAUUUCUGCAACGAAAUUGCCAAGCGUCUACCAAUUCAAAAUCGCUCUCGCUUGGAUGGCCUAGGAUCUGUGGACGGAGGUGAAGGUCUUCGCGAUCAUUUCUCGCUGAGAUUGACCUCAAUCCUGUUCUCAGGGUUGGUUCAGUGUCAUUGCUUGCGAAUGGAGUUGAUCCUAAGGGAGGUUAGAGCGUUCCAAUUGCGACAGAUUAAACGGCCCAAGUUGACCGUUGCCAUUGAUUUGCCUAAGGGCAAGAAGGGGGCUAAGGAAGCGGAGGUAACGCAUCUAGAUUGGAAAGAUGACGCAAGCUACUUUGGUCAUUUGGACCCGAUGGAAGAAGGCCCGACUGAGAUCGAAACCUUGGUUUUCGUGCCCAGAUUCAAGGCCCACGAAGAGUCUAUUACUAUGCGCGAAUUCGAAAUCCCUCGCGAUCAAAUGGAAGAAGAUGACAAUUUUGGGAUGGGUACUGGAGUGGCUAUGGACCUGGAAUUUAAUCCCUUUUUGGAAGAGGAUGUUAUGGUGACCAGGCCGCCCAGAUUAGGUACCCUAAUCUCUCCUUCAUUAUUGCUGGGGGAUGAUUUCGAAGAGAAUGAAAUGGCUCCACCCUGUAUCAGGGCAAGCCCCCCACCACUGCCACCUAACGAAAGUCCUCCGCAACCGGAAAUGCUUCAAGAGGCCCCCAUUGAAAACGAACACACACCGCCUAUCGUGAUCACGGAAGCUGAAGAAAAACCCGAAAGUGAAUCAACAGCCUCACCUUCCAUGUCCCCUUUGGGCGAGAUAACAAAAUCUCGCAAUGAACCACCCAAGAAAAAGCGACGCCGCAAAUUGGCCAUUGAUGAAAAGAUUGAGUUUGACAAAGAAACUUUGUUGAACAAUUUCAAAACUUUCUCGCAAUUGCAAUUUACUGAGACUCGCUUUCAACGGCCAAGCCCGAGAGAAAAUUUGUUAGAAGUGAUGGGUAGACCCAUGAUUCAAUCUCAAUGGACGGAUAAAUUCUUGUUCUGUGCCAAAACGCCUUUCGUAGAAUCGGAGGACAACCUUCCCUUGGGUCCAGAUCAAGACGCCGAGAGUCUCAAAUCCACGGAUAACCAGACAAAUGGUGCCUUUUACGAUGAGUCACAAGUCCGGGAAGUUAUCCCAAACUCACCCAAGCCACGUUCCGAGUCGGGAUUAGGCGAUCAAGGCAAUUUUGAAAUCUCCAUCGGACGUGAUGGUACUCGCAACGCGUCUUCAUUGAUUGAGCAAUCUCGGCUCAGCGAGUUGAAGAACUCCAACCUGAUGAAUUCUUUGCCCAACGAUCAACCUGAGCCAACCAUCGGAGAUAACUUACCAGAAAAUGACGACUUUGCCUUUCCCUCUCCUCCUCACUUGAACACCAUUGUGGAACGAACAGAGUCCGUGGUGGCCGACACUUCCGAAGUAAAUUUUCCCCAACAACCUCCUCUCCCCGAGCCAUUGUCUCCUCAAUCGUCUUCUGGGUCGUCCAAGACUCUCUUUAAUCCUCUCGAGUUGCCGAGUGAACAUGAGCUGCUUGAAAAAGUUGAAGAGCAACAACUAAACCAAGGUAAGGCCGUCACAUUCGACACCUUGGUGGGAAACUUCAAGAGCAAACGAGCCGUGGCCAAAUGUUUCAGUCAGAUUCUCGUGCUGGCCUCCAAACGGCUGUUGGUUGCCCGUCAAGAGCAAUGUUUUGGUUCGAUUCUAGUUCACAGAGUUUAGGUGUUCGUUCGAAGCUCUCACGCUAUUGUGAGACGAAAUAGUUUUAUCAUGUUUUGGUUACUGCCGAAUGUUUUAUCGUACCAAAUCGGCGCUACCGAAAGACAUGGAAAUGGGAAGUUUUGAUUUAUUUCAUGAUUGUAAAUUUAAAAGUGACGGGAGUGCUUGAAAUAAAUAAACGAUUUUUUUUUCCGAAA